AUGACGAGCGACAAAGCGAAUCAGAGCCGACCGUUUGUUCUCUACAACACUUUUGGAGUAAGCCAGCUAUUGUACCGCACGGUCUCUUCAGAGCUGACAAUAUGGGCGCGUGGCCGCGGCGGCCAAAUCGCGUUUUCAUGAAUUGAGCACGUUUUCUCUGAUUUUUGUGGUCAAAGGCGAUGAAAAAUGAUUGUUCGACAUGAAAACACACUAAUUCUCUGAAUUAAUGACGUUUUGCGCAUUUUUCGCGGACUUUGCUUUUUCGCCUUCUCAUUUUGCGCUUUCUUGACCGUUUUCCGACAGAAUUGGUUUUGAGAAUGAUAAAUCACGUAAAUACAAGCAUUUUGAGCGCUCGAACCGCGAAAAUUACCGAAAAGCAAUUGAAAUUCACGCAGUUUUAGCCAAAAACGUUCAAACGGAUAAAUGUGAUUUGCGAUUUGGCCAAAUUUGACGCUCUUGCGCUUAAAAAAUUCGUAAUAGCCUAUAAAAUCGGUCUAUCGAGAGAAAAAUGAGAAAUUAUCGAUUUUUCGUGGCUAAUCUGGCAAAAACACAAAAUUUGCUGUUAAAAUUUGAAUUUCGCGCUAAUGUAUCGCUCUGUUGGGCGGGGCGCACUUGCGCGCCCAUUGUCAGCUCUGAGGAGACCGUGUACCGUCGCUUUUUAGGAAUUCCUGCGAAGCUCCGCCCUCUUCUUCCUCUCCAUCGCCCUGAUUUGUGCGUGUUUCGGCACGACGGGCCUCAACAAUGCGAUCGUCAUUCAUAUGGUUCGGAUGCAUUUGAAAAGUGGAACGCCAUCGAAAACAGGUUCCAUUUAGAUCAUCAACGCGUUGGUCAUCUACCUGACACUGGAAUUCAACUCGAAAACGGUGUUCUUCGUUUUCGGCUGUCUCACUUUCAUCUCUGUGAUCGGACAGAUCGCCGCCGUCUUCCUAGUGCUGCUGAGCAUGAGAGGAGUCUCGACCGCCGGCACGUCUAAAAGUACAACACCGUGUUUCUACGCUUUCUAAACCCUCACUCACCCGAUUUCCAGCGGUCAUCAGUCUCGUCGCCGCUUUUUUCAUCAUCUUCAUCGUUCUCCUCGUCGUCCUUCAGCUCUUCUGCUCGGCGGCCAUGAUCAAGCUCAGCGAGUAAGAUUCGCUUUGAGAAUAUGCGCAUGGAUUGUCAAUUUCAGAGUGAUAGAUGAUCCGAAGCAUGUGGAGAAGGAGAAGGCGUCGACAAGAAGAGAAAGAAGAAGAAGAAGCGACUCCGACUCCUUUUCCUCGUCCCCCUCCUCUUCCGAAUCGAUCAAAUCGAUCGAGGAGACGCAUACUUGUUCGAGCGAAUGCUAA